AUUAUUGUGGACCUUUCCAAACUGAAGCAAUGCCCAGGUCUCCACCACGGCAGGUGGCAUUCUGACAGCAGAGACUGUGUUCUUUCGCCCAGGUACCACCGACCUCCAGAGCAGACAUCAGAGAAUUCAGAGCCCAGACAGCAGGUGAAAAGAACAUGGAACUGAGAAGUACAGCAGCCCCCACAGCCGAGGGCUACAGCAACACUGGCUUCCAGAAUGAGGACCUUCUUGAAAACGAGAACACAUCAGAAAACAGUUCAAUUAGGAGUCGAGUUGUGCAAAGCCGGGAACAAGGAAACACCAAACAGGGUGAAGAACUGGUCACCAUUGAGCGGGAUUCUCUAAGAAACAAAGAAGAAGACAUGGAGGAUGACCAAGACACACAUCAGAAAGGGUAUUUGGAAAGGAAGUAUGAUACAGUUCGUGAUUUUUGUAGAAAACACAAAACCACUCUUCGGUACAUGAUUUGGGGCAUUUUAUUGGCUGGUUACCUGGCUAUGGUGAUUGCCGCCUGUGUGCUGAAUUUUCACAGAGCACUUCCUCUUUUUGUGAUCACCGUGGCUGCCAUCUUCUUCGUUGUCUGGGAUCACUUGAUGGCCAAAUAUGAACAUCGAAUUGAUGAGAUACUAUCCCCAGGCAGACGCCUGCUGAACAGCCACUGGUUCUGGCUGAAGUGGGUGAUUUGGAGCUUAUUGAUCCUAGGGGUUAUUUUCUGGCUGAUCCUCGACACUGCCAAAUUGGGUCAACAGCAGUUGGUAUCCUUUGGUGGACUCAUAAUGUAUAUUAUCCUGUUAUUUCUGUUUUCCAAGCACCCAACCAGAGUGUACUGGAGACCUGUCUUUUGGGGAAUUGGGUUACAAUUUCUUCUUGGGCUCUUAAUUCUAAGGACUAAUCCUGGAUUUGUUGCUUUCGAUUGGUUGGGCAAACAAGUGCAGACUUUUCUGGGUUACACUGAUGCUGGUGCUGUAUUUGUCUUUGGUGAAAAAUACACAGACCACUUCUUUGCAUUUAAGGUUCUGCCAAUAGUGGUUUUCUUCAGCACUGUGAUGUCCAUGCUCUACUACCUGGGACUGAUGCAGUGGAUCAUCAGAAAGGUCGGAUGGGUAAUGCUGGUUACUAUGGGGUCAUCUCCUAUUGAGUCUGUAGUUGCUGCUGGCAAUGUAUUUGUUGGACAAACUGAGUCUCCACUGCUGGUCCGACCGUAUUUACCACACAUCACCAGGUCGGAACUUCAUGCCAUCAUGACUGCUGGCUUCUCUACAAUUGCUGGAAGCGUCUUGGGUGCAUACAUUUCUUUUGGAGUUUCAUCCACCCACUUGCUAACGGCUUCAGUUAUGUCAGCACCUGCAUCAUUGGCUGUUGCUAAACUCUUUUGGCCUGAGACGGAAAAACCUAAAAUAACCCUCAAGAAUGCCAUGAAAAUGGAAAAUGGUGAUUCAAGAAAUCUCCUAGAAGCUGCAACACAGGGAGCAUCCUCAUCUAUCCCUCUGGUGGCAAACAUCGCUGUGAAUCUGAUUGCCUUCUUGGCCCUGUUGUCCUUUGUGAAUUCAGCCCUGUCCUGGUUUGGAAACAUGUUUGACUACCCACAACUGAGUUUUGAGCUAAUAUGCUCCUACAUCUUCAUGCCCUUUUCCUUCAUGAUGGGAGUGGACUGGCAAGACAGCUUUAUGGUUGCCAAACUCAUAGGCUACAAGACAUUCUUCAAUGAAUUUGUGGCUUAUGAGCACCUCUCAAAGUUGAUCAAUUUGAGGAAAGAGGCUGGACCCAAAUUUGUGAAUGGCAUUCAGCAAUACAUGUCGAUUCGUUCGGAAACAAUUGCUACUUAUGCCCUCUGUGGGUUUGCCAAUAUCGGUUCCCUAGGAAUAGUGAUCGGUGGACUCACAUCCAUAGCUCCUUGCAGAAAACGGGACAUCGCCUCUGGUGCAGUGAGAGCUCUGAUCGCAGGGACCACCGCCUGCUUCAUGACAGCCUGCAUCGCAGGCAUACUCUCUAGCACCCCUGUGGACAUCAACUGCCAUCACAUUUUAGAGAAUGCUUUCAACUCCAGUUUACCUACCAACACAACCACAGUGAUGUCUUGUUGUCAAAGUCUGUUGAACAGCACUACUGUCAAGGGGCCUGGUGAGGUCAUCCCAGGAGGAAACUUCAGCCUGUACUCUGUGAAGGGCUGCUGCAAAUUAUUGAAUCCAUCAACACUGAACUGCAGCUGGAUCCCUGAUACAUUUUGAAUUCCACCAGUUCUUCAUUGGAACUCUGAGUGCCGAUGUGAAGUUUUCUGCUUUGGAGGCGGAAAAGAAAAACAGAGCUAUUGUCUAUAGGUUAAUAACUUCAGUCAUGGAAUCAACUUUCAUUGCAAGGAAAGAAGGAAAAUAAGAAUGAAACUUACAGAGCUAUAUCUUCCCUUCCCUCCUCAACUUCACACUGUGAACUACUUUAGCAUCUCAAACUGAGGUGUCACCUCCACUCCCAACAAUGUUUUCUAACCUUACAUUUUUAAGGCAUUUAAUGAGAAUACAGGUAUAAAUAGUGACUCUCAACAACACUGCUAUGACUCAGCCAUAUCUUCUUAGUGUGCUGAAUGAGCCCAGAGUAACUUGUUUUAAACACAUCUCAGGUGAUGUCACUCUGCAUUCACCCUAGCUUCCCUGAAAUAACUUGAACUUGAAUCUCACCCAAAGGAAGUCUGAUCAGCAAACACCUACUCAUUGGCUACCAUCUAGAGGUCCUAUAUAAAUCCAGAGUUCUUCAGAAAAGCAUGUAGACCAUAUCAGAAUAAGGAUUUAAGUUCUGUAAGCUUAGAGAGUUGUAUCAAUAAGUUUAAGCUAAGUUAUACUUCAGUAACAAAUAAUCCCAAAACCUUGUAACUAAAUUUAUCUUUCACUCAUAUUAUGUUUGUAAUGGUCAAUUUUAACUCCAUCUAUGUUAUCUUCAUUUCCAGGAUGCAGGUUAAAGAAGUGGCCUUUGUGUGGGGCAUGCUGGUAUUAGAGAGGGAAAAAAAGGUGGGAAUAACAUGAUGGCUCUUGAAAUUUCUGCUAGUGGAAAUGACACCCUUUACGUACACUGUAUUCCAUUACCCAGAAAAAGUCCUAUGGCAAGUAUAAUGUCAGAGACUAUAGAUGUAUUAUCCUAUCAAAAGAAGGGAUGCUGAAUACUUUACAAGAAUAGUAUGAUACUACUGAAGUGCAUGAUAUCCAUGUCUUCCUUCAAGGAACCAAAUUGUUACAGGACACAAUGGUAAGCCUAUUCAUGUGCAAACGUAGUGAUAUUCCUGGUGGCAAUACUGGAAAGGAACCUUCAGUCGAAAAAUCAUGUAAGGGCCAAUUGAGAAGAAAAAUAAGUUCUGAUUGAGAUCUGAACACCUUCCAUUGAUAUUUCCAUUGACCAGGAAGGUGUCAACAUCAAACUUGCUAACUGGGUCUCAGAAAAUGUCAGCGAUGCUGGUGGCUCCUUUUAAUGAAAUGCUCAUCACUAUUUCUCUUUGUAGUCCAAAGACCACAUUGUGUGAGAAAACACCAAUGCCUCUGAGUUAAAAAGGGACUCACAGGGAAGAGACUCUGAAUGUGAAAAAGUUCUACAAUACCUUAAGUAAUUUAUUUUGUUUCUAUUUUCCCAUCUGUUCAUGCACAGGAGUUGUUAUUAUUAAAAAAAAAAAUCAUGUGUAAAUAGUUGUGUUGUUUUUGCUGUUGUUUUGUUUUGGGUUAUAUGUGGUGAAGGAAUGAUCUCAAAGGACUCUUUUUUUUUUAAUUAGUUGUUGAUGAAUCUUUAUUUAUUUAUUUGUAUGCAGUGCUGAGAAUCAAACCCAGUGCCUCACACAUGCUAGGCAAACACUCUACCACUGAGCCACAAUUCGAGUCCCUCAAAGGAUUCUUUAUCCUUGAAGUAAAUAUACCAAGAUAUUUCUAAUUUUUAUUUGUACCAAUUUUUCUUGGGAUCCA